CACAUGCAACAAGGCUCCCAAUGCACCCCACCGACUCCAAAAGUUAUGCCCAGGGACAAGGGACAGGGACAGCUGUCUCCGUCAAGUCAACCACCGCUCAAGUUGGAAACCCAUCUUUUGUCGGGCCAUCCAAAUCGUCACCAACAGCUUUUCUCUGAACAGCUGCUGCGACAACUCGAAACACACAUGCGACCAUAAAGCCAACGCAACGGCCUGCACGCCAUAUUUUCUUUGACUGUGUUUAGACACCGACGGCCAACAGCAAGCAAGCGAUCUCGAGGCCGUGGCCAUCAUGGAGAAGUUCUCUCAGUUUCGCGAUAGAGGCUCCGGCAUCUCCCCCUUCCUACCCGUGACGACGCCGUCCUCGAUCCCAGCCACCAUCUUCCACGCGAUCCUCUUCCUCACCCGCCUGCCCUUCUUCCUCACCUACGCAACCGCCUACUUCCUCGUCCUGCAUCACCUCCCCUUCCUGCCCACAGUCGCGCGCAAGCUCCUGCUCUGGUCACUGCUCGCGAUCCCGGGCGUGUGGUGGGUAGACCUGCAGCUGGACGGGGUGAAGCGCGGCUCGCUGAGCCAGCAGCCGCGGUCGCGCGUGCCGCACCCGCGCUCCAUCAUCGCGGCCAACUGCACCUCGCCCAUCGACGCCCUCUACCUCGCCGCCGUCUUCGACCCCAUCUUCGUCGCCUCCCACCCAGCCUCCCGCAAGGUCCGCCAGAUCAGCCUGCUCGCCGCCAUCGCCGCCGCCCUCUCCCCCGCCGCCCAGCUCUGCUCCCUCGAAGAGUGGGAACAGCAACCACAAGAACUAACCGACCUACGCGCCCUCAUAACCCGCCACCCGGACCGCGUGGUCGCCGUGUUCCCGGAGUGCGGCACGACCAACGGCCGGGGGAUCCUGCCGCUGGGCCCCGCCCUGCUGGCCGCGCCCGCCGACAGCGCCAUCUUCCCACUCAGCCUGCGCUACGCGCCCCCCGACGUCACCACCCCCGUCCUGGGGUACGCCGGGUGGGCCGGGUUUGUGUGGAAGCUGCUGGGCCGCCCGACGCAUUGCGUCCGCGUGCGCAUCGCCGAGGCCGUGCACAACACUACGGCUGCGCCGAACGGGGUUUCGGGUCGCGGUGCUGCUGCUGUUGGUGGUGGUGCGUUGGGUGGUGAGUGGGAGGGGCGCGCGGAGGACCGGCCGACUGCGGAGGAGCAACAGUUGCUGGAUCGCAUUGGGGAGGCGUUGGCGAGGUUGGGGAGGGUGAAGAGGGUUGGGCUGACGUUGAGGCGGAAGAAGGAGUUUUUGGCUGCUUGGGCGAAGAGGUGAUGGUGUGGAGAGAGGUGUUUGCUCGGGGAACAAGGGAUGACUUAUAUGCUGUGUCAUAGGUCGAAGCGUGAUAUGCUUGGACCGGUUGUUGUAUCUGUUCAACUUUCAGAGCGACGGUGAUCGCCGCUGGGUGGUUCAACACAAAAACGAAUAACAUGACGAUUAAAUCCUAGAUUGCUGACCCGGUAUCCCUUUUAAUCACCGGCCAGACAGUGUAUCGCGAGCGCCUUUUCCAGCCCAGACACACAAACACAUCUGUACAAUCAGGAGAUUCGAAACACCAGCCCCC